CCGGAAGUGGUUUGGUCCGGCGCAUGCGCAGUGUGGGGGGCAGCGCUAGCGGUGCGGAGGAUCAGAAGCGCGAGGAGUUUCUUCAGCUUUAUUUAUUAAACCUGUUCGUUAUUGUGUUUAUGAAUCUGCACAAUGGCGGGAAUCAAAGCUCUGAUCAGCCUGUCGUUUGGAGGAGCGAUCGGUCUGAUGUUCCUCAUGUUGGGCUGUGCUCUGCCCGUCUAUAAUGCGUACUGGCCUCUGUUCCUGCUCUUCUUCUACAUCCUGUCACCCAUCCCGUACUGCAUCUCUCGGCGCGUGGUGGACGACACAGACUCGGCCAGUAACGCCUGCAAAGAGCUGGCCAUAUUCCUGACCACGGGGAUCGUGGUGUCGGCUUUCGGGCUGCCCAUCAUAUUCGCCCGUGCUGAUGUGAUCGCGUGGGGAGCCUGCGCCCUGGUUCUGACGGGAAACAUCGUGAUCUUCGCCACCAUCCUGGGCUUUUUCCUGGUGUUCGGCUCGAACGACGACUUCAGUUGGCAGCAGUGGUAAAGCGCGGCGCCGCGUCUGGACUCUUUUCCCUCGAUGCAGCGCCGCUAUGAUACUGUUACCGCAGUUCGUUUUACUCUGACAUUAUUGUUUUUAUUUAUAUUGCCGCCCAUUGAUAGAUGCAGGAAACCAGUGCAAUAAUUUUGUUAAGUUUAGAUGGGUCUGACCUCAGAUAGACGUUCUUUUGUGUCCUUUCAUUUCGCGCUCUAUGAAUUCAGGUGGUCGAACAGAAACACUGGUGACGUCAGAUUGUUUUUCUGCUGCUUGAUGUUUUUCUGAAAUCGGAAGCUUUUCACAGUUAGUCUUCACUGAUGUCUUUCUGUUACCGGCUUUUUGUUUCUCUUUUUUAUUCAGUUUAUUUAUUUGUUCUCGUUUUCUGUCGCAGCCGAUUAUCGUAUUAAAGUGGCAUCGUAGACUGAAGCUCAUUUUGUUGAUUUGAAUGAUUUUGUUGUUUUGUUUUUAUUGCGUAGCGAUGCGUUCGGCAUCUUGAGAAACCCAGACAUUUCCCACCAACUUUCUUUUAACCACAUAUGGAGAAAAACGCAGCGUAACCGUUUAUCAGCUAACUAUCAACAUGCAAAUGAAACGCAGAUCAUGUUUGUUUUAGAUGUAGACUCGCUCAUAUUCAUCGUUUAAGAUGUACAUUCAGAAAUAAAGACGAGAUUGUGAGAUUCUAUAAAUCUUUGCAAAACUAAUGGAGAAUCGGUGGGUCUGGGCUCACAGACGCUCAGCGUGUGACCAGAAAUUAAAGUCAACAUGAAAUCACAACGAACUCAACUGACAUUUCUGAUUUUAUUUUCAGUGAUUCACCAGUGCACAUUAUUCAGAAAAUAAAGAAGUAAUGUUGUACUUAUAAUUACUUAUGUACUUUUUUCACCCAUUCAAUCAAUCAAUUCCUGAUGGAUAAAAUCAAGUUUUAUCCUACACUUGUUUCAUGAUGAGGAUUCUGUUACACGUCGCUAUGGAAGCCUGUUUGCGUCACAGAACUUAAAACUAAAAAAAUAAUUGCGACUUUUAUCUAACAGUUGAUACUUUUCCUGUGAGAAAUGAACUCAGUCAGAAUUCUUUUUACACCUCACAAUUCUGUUUUUGUUUUUGCCACAGAAUUAAAAAAAAUGAAAAAGGUAAUUGCAAUUUUUUUAUUCUCACAAUCAAGACAUUUGUCUCGCAUUUGUGAGAUAUAAA